AGGUGUGCACGGGUCCCGUCGUUUUGUGCAGCCUUUUUUUCGGUGGGUGCCCAAAGUUUUUAAGUUGUUUGCCGUCGUCGUUGGUUUUUCGGGAAAACAGUUUGUUGAAUUGCUGCUCCAGCAGGUGGAAAAAUAAUCGGUGCUAAGUCUCCCCGUGCCAGUCAGCGAAUGCGAAUCAGUGUGAAUCCUUGAAACAAAGAAACAUUUCCUUGUCUAUCUUGGCUCCUUUAGGAAGUGCUUUGAAGUGGCGAUUAAUUGCAAACCCGGAAUGAAGUAUCGUGAUACCAAAUGUAACUACUGAAUUCAGUGCUGGGGCCGUCUAGUGGCAUCUUGCAAAUUUUCGUCGGAUUGCUCCGCUGCUCAUAAAUGAAUCAAUUGCAAUAAUCGCUGCCAGUGGGCAACUGUUUCGUAUGAUGUUCUCAUGAAUUGGAAAGUACGCUCAACCAUCAGAGUGAGUAACAAUCGAUUUUCCCUUCAUUCAACAUCUUUCGCCAGCAACCUGCUGCUCCUGGGGGACGUUGCAGAUUUCACAAACAUCCCUUCCAAGGCAGCGAAGGAUUAACUUGAGAAGUACACGAAGCGAUGUAUCUCAUCCGGAAUGAAGUGAAUUGUGCAGGGCAAAAUGUGUGAUUUUCAAGAUAUAUCGCCAUACAACGAUAGCAGUUGGGUCAUUAAGCGCAAUCCUUUCUUCAUCACAAGCAAGUGCAACAUUCAUUCAAGAUGUCCAAGGAAAAUCUCGCUCAUCAGCAACGUUCCCACCAUCAAUUGCAACAACUUCUACAGCAACAGCACCACCAACAGAAGCAAACGCGAUACCAGCAGCAUCAGCAACAGCAGCUGCAGAAACUUUUACAGCAGCACAACAGCCAUCAUCACCAUCACAACCAUCAGGCCGCCGCUAACAGUCACCCGCAGCAGCACCGGAAGCGGAAGCCGACCAUGUCACUGCUGUCGCUCAAGUUCAACCGGCGGCGAUUCUACAUCUGCCUGAAGGUGGUGCUACUGUUCGUGGUCUUCGGGCUGUACUUUGUGCUGUUGCUGCGGGAAUCGAUCACCAUGGUUAGUUCGGCCAAUCGGAACAAACUUGGCCCCGGCGGAAAAGCGGAUGCGCUACACAAAGCACCGGCGGGCAUCGGUAAUCUUCCAGCUCGGCCUGGGAAGCACAACAUUCCGAAGCACUACCACAACAACGCCGCUGGGCUGCAUCCGGCAAAAGGCGGCUCCUCGACCCGAUCCCAGUCUUCCAGGGCCCAGAAUUCCGGAAUGCUGACAGCAACGAGUAGCAACCAUUCAACGCUGAAUCCGGUCUACGAAUACUCGGAAGAACUGAACACAGCAGCCGAGGCCGACUUCAACGAUCGCCGGACGGUUCUGUGGAACAUCUGCGCCGAGCAUCGGAUCAUCGGGAAGUAUCCACCGAAUGCUUGGGAAUUUUUCAUUUCGCCUGGGCAUGGGCUGGCUUGGUGUAACAUUUUUAAGGCCGCCAGUAGUACCUGGAUGUACUACUUCAACAUAUUGGGUGGAUACGACGUUCGAUUUCUGCAGCGAACCCGUUCAUCGCCGAUCGAUCUGGCUAGGCAGAGGUUUCCACGACCUAGCACCGCAGAGUUGAACGACUAUCUUUCCAAUACGAUCUCGUUCUUGAUAGUGCGGGAGCCAUUCGAGCGGCUAGUUUCGGCCUACAGGAAUAAAUUGGAGGGUUGUCGCAACAAGUACUACAAGCUACUUGGGGAGCAGAUAAUAAAAAAGUUUCGCAAAAAAGCCAAGGAUGGAAAGUCACCGGUGAAAUACCCUAAAGGACCGACCUUCCGGGAGUUUCUACAGUUUUUGGUCAGUCACUACAAGAGUGGCGGACGCUUCGACGAGCACUGGAGCCCGGUGUACUCCUUCUGCACCCCGUGCAGCAUCAACUUCACGCUCAUCGCCAAGGUGGAAACAUUCCAGCGGGACACCGAGUACAUCAUAAGGCAGGCCGGCCUAGAGACGCUGUUGUUGAACAAAAUGCCCCAGGGAAAGGCACGGGCGAUUGCCAAUCGAUCCACCAGCAAUACCAGGAAUCUGGUGCCAAGAUAUUUCUCCCAGAUAGACGAGCAGCUGCUGACAGAAGUACUGGAGAUCUAUCAGCUCGACUUUGAGCUGUUCGGCUACAACAGCACCAAGUACUACAGCUACGUCCAGGAAACGCUGGACGAUGGAUAACAGGGUGUUACUGGUGAGGCAGUUUGAAAUCCCUAUUCUUCUGACGUCGCGUCAAGGGCAAAUCGAAAGUCAGCUUAGAAUACUGAUACGGAAAUGUAACGACACCCCGUGUUGAAGUAUACAACGGAGUGUCCCUCGGAAAAGACUUAAGGGUUAGGAUAGUAUAAUAACAACCAGAUAUAUAUUAUAUAUUCAACAGUUCGAUGUUCGUUUUUGUGAAGAUGUCGUUAGCGUAACACUUAUACAUAUUUACAUAUUUUGUCAAACUAAAAAAAAAGUCUAAAUCUAACAAAGACGAAAAGUUAACGGUUAUUUUACUAGGAUAGUUUCUUACUAUGUUAACCAAGGUACUAUUUAUGAAUAGGUGUCUGUAGAAAACAAAAACAAACCUGCACAAACUGAGAAGCACGGCACGGAAAAAAGUAAAAUAGUAACACAAAAGUACACAAAGGACUAGGCCCACCAACUUUCCAUGAAACGAAAUUAUUUUCGAAUUGCACAAAAAAAGCAUGGCACAUGAAGGAAGCAAAAAAAGAGUAGGGAGCAUAUUGACAAACUGCUAUUUACAUGUGAUCGAUGUUCUAUGACCCACGUGCAUGUCCCAGCCAGUAAUUUGCAUACAAAUUGAAAGUCCAGCCCGGAAAAACUCUUUUCAACCCCACAUAUUUUCACCUAACAGGUACGCACGUGAAUCACUAAUAUGCGUAUUUCUUUACAUAUAGAUAUGGAUGUGUAUGUGUAAGUCAGGUUACGAAAUGACGUAUUUCAUCGUUAGUCAACUGAAAUUCCCAGCGGAGCGAUAACUUUAACUAGAACAUGAAAGCCAGCCAGAAUUAGCAAACACGCACUCGACCCGGCCUCCGGUUUUGUCCCGAAUCGGAUCCCAUCAAGCUGUGAAUAAUUAAUAAAAAAAACCAAAAGUCCGAAUAGAAGUUCGGGGUUGAGUCAAAAAAGCUUAUGUGAUAAUGUGUCUGUAGAUAACUAGUGGAUGAAGUGCCAAAUCCAAAACUCAAAAGCAACAAAGUUAUCGUCUUCGCUGAAACAAUUCGAAUAUUAGGAAAACAAAAAGAUAAAACUUAAAUCCCCCAUUUUCAAAAAAAAGUAAAACGGUGCUAAGGUAGGAGGUAGAUACAGAUGUCUAUUGUGGACUGAACUUACAACCAACAUAAAUGGCACUAUUAUUGAGACAAAAGACGACAUAAUCAGACUUUUCCCAACAUCGAUGUUGUACCGAAGACCAAAAACUACGAUUCCAAACACCGAUCGGAUAGUUUAGUUACGAAAAUAUAGCACUCCUGCUGAUAGCAAUUCAAAAUGACCCGCUCGAGUUGAUUAUACAUAAAAAAAACGUUAGUUAAUGCAUUAUUGUACAUCUGCAUGUUUAAAUCCAAAACCAAAGUGUUUCGAAAAAUCUAUUUUUAUAUUGAUAUUACAAAAAAACGUUUUGGAACCUUGAGACAGAACACAAAUGUCAAACGAAAAAUCGAUUCUAAAAUCUUAAACAAAAACCCAACGGAUCUUUUUCUUUAUUUCUUACCUAACAGAAUCAUUACUUUUCAAAACCAUAAAAUCUUAUCCCAUAAUCUGAUUGGGAACAGCACUCGAAAUAGAAAUAGAAAUUAAUUGUACCAUUAUGAAUGUUGUCAUCAACCGUGUACCUUGUAUUUACAAAACAAAACCUGAAUAUCUGAUCAUUUUUAUUUUCAGUACCGUACAAAAUUCCUCACAGUAUAUACACAAACCUUCAUCAAACAAAAGAAAAACAUUAAAAAAUAUAGUUGAAACAACAUAAAUUGACACAUAGUAACAAAGGUAAACAACUUAUAAACAGAUCACAAAAGUAGUUUCAAACACGAUGAGCAAACAUAAGAAGAAAAAAACGAAAUGUGAGAUCUUAUAUACCUACAACAAUAUAUAUUAUAUCUACAAACAAAACAAAACAAAAAAAAAUAACUCUUAUAUAGUCUCUUUCAAGUUCAAGCGGCGCAGUUGCAAACAAGGUGAAAUAUAGUUAAAAAAAAAAAAGAAGAAGAAGAAGCAGAAAAAAACAAGUGACACAGACUGAAUCAUUAAAAGUGAAAUGG